CCGCCACCACCACCGUCGCCGACAAACUCGACAGCUUCUUCGGUACAUCCAUAAGACACCGGGUCGAAUUGUUUGCGAACGGUUAAGCCCGCCGCGCCGCCACUUAUCCAGCCCGCUGGCGUGCUUCGCGGCACUGUCCGUGAUCCUUUUUCGGUCAUAGGAAUGAGGAAGCGGAUUUCGGUGUGGGACUCGUGGUGGUGGUUAAUCGUUCUCCUCAUUGCGGUACGUGUUACGGAUACGAGACAAGAUCACCGUCUCCCGUCGUCGGAGUCAACGUCGUUCACCAAAAGAACAGCCUCGAGUUCAGAAUGUGCCACGGGUUGCGAGUGUCUGGACGACGGAAAGAGUUUGUACUGUCGGGAACGAAGUUUUUUGGGACUCGGCUUGCCAAAGCAAGCAACGAACGUUGUGCUGAGAGACGUCGGAGCAGCUACCAUACCCGUCGCUGCUCUCGAAACUUCGACUCGUCUGAAGAGUCUCGUUUGGACGUCGAGUGGGAUCGAGCGGCUCGAAUCCGGCGUGUUUCUCGCGACCGCGUUCCUCGAGCACCUCGACUUAGGUGACAAUAGACUGACGGAAUUGCCGUCGGAUGUCUUCCAUCCAUUGCACCAACUACAGUACCUGAAUCUUACCGGCAACCAGUUGAACGUGCUCCCGCGGGCGCUUUUUCAAGGCUUAGAUCACCUCGAGGAGAUCGGACUGUCGCGAAACAGACUGUCGGUACUUCCCUAUCAGACGUUUGCCUCGUCCAAGGCACUCGUUCGUUUGAACCUUUCCGGCAACCUGCUGGUUUCCCUGCCGGAUCACAGUUUCAGGCCCAACGCACAGCUCGAACAACUCGAAUUAUCCGCCAACAGGCUCACCAAACUUCCGCCCCGUUUAUUCUCCGGUUUAAGUCGGUUGAAGUUCUUGGGGUUGGCCGACAACGAGAUCGACGCGAUACCUCGUGGUCUGUUCGCCGAUCUAUCGUCCUUGCAGCGCCUCGAUCUUUCCGGGAAUCCUGUCGGUCGGCUGAGCAGCGCGACCUUCCAAAGCCUAUCGAACUUGAGAUGGCUCAGUCUGAAGAAUCUACCGGUCACGACGCUUCCGCAGGACAUAUGGAGACCGGUGAAGCAACUACGCACCUUGUUGCUCUCCGGAACGAAGUUGGAAAUUCUUCGUAACGAGGAUUUGAAAGGGCUAGACAAAUUGGAGACCCUGGAAGUGAACAAGAGCCCGUUGCGCGAGAUAUCGAGGCGUACCCUCGAUCGUACACCGGCACUUCGAAAAAUCGAUUUACGGGACAGCAAUCUGACCUUCCUUCCGGCGAAUGUAGCGCAGCUGUCGUUACUGAACGAGCUGCAGCUGCAAGGGAACCCGUGGGCUUGCGACUGUCGCAUGUUCUGGUUCGUGAAAUGGGCCGAGAGCAAGGAGCACCUUCGUACCGCCUUCCAAAGCGGCUUUAAGUGUGGCGACGAGAUCGACGCCACUGCCGAUAUCCUUCAAACUCUUCGCUAUUUGAAAUGCACACCCCCAUAUUUGACGUACGCGACGCCCACGCAACAGUAUCUCUUGUUGAGCUCAGUGCUCCUCGACUGCGAGUUCAACGGCAAUCCUACGCCAUCCUUAACAUGGGUCACGCCGGCACUCAAGGUACUGCACUGGAAUCCUGAUCCAGCUUUUCCCGACGCUUUUGUCGAACAUCCUCCCGUACACGGAUGGGAACAAAGUGUACCGUUCGUUGACGAUGGUCGCGUACGCAUCCUCGAGAAUGGAUCUUUGUACAUCACGACGUUGCUCAGGCAGGAUGUUGGACAAUACAAGUGUUUCGCAGUCAAUCCGAUCGCCAAUGCCACUACCUAUAUUAGUUUGCAGAUGAAUCCGAUAACAUUAAACAGAAUCAGGAUCAUCAGCAUCCUGGUAGGCGCUGCCUGUGCCACGGCCUUUCUUCUGUUAACGCUCCUUUUGCAGUUGCUCUAUUAUCUUCUCCUCAAAUGCGGCUGUCUGAGGUGGUGCUUCUGCUGCAGGCGAGUCGGUUCUACGCCCAGAGGGAAACAAAUCUAUCAGAUGUUGGAUAAUAUCGAGCAAUACAAGAGCCAGCAACUCGAAAGACUACGCGAGAAUUACACUCAACAAGUGCACAGGAUAAAAGAAAACUGCGCUCAGCAAGUGGAAUGGAUCCGAGACAGUUACGAGGGCCAAAUGAGACACAUCAGAGACAUAAGGGAUUACGGAACGACUCACCUCACGGCGCUCAGAGAUCAAUAUUAUGAUCAGGUGAGAAAAGUAAGGGACUACUCGACCGGUCAACUGAACUGGGUCCGAGAAAACUAUGUCUUCCAGCGUAACAAGAUAAGAAAGUUCAGCGCUCAUCAGGUUCUGAGACUACGCGAGAGUUACAAGUAUCAACAGCAAACGCUGAACAAAGUGUUGGAGAACCUACCGAACCUGUACUUCGACAAUUGUCGAAGCGGUUCCUGCGGGAAGAGCGACUCGAUGGUGUUCAAUCCACAGGAGGACGGUGGCGGCAUCUACUUCAAGGCGAAGAUCAACGAUCUGGUGACCGGUGCGAGUAUGGAGGAUGUGAACAGCGAGUAUUAUACGCCCACGGAGCUUUCCUCGGUUAGUCCACACGGCGGUAACGCGAUGGAAGGGAUUCAUAUAAAUUAUAUCGAGGAGAUGUGUUCGCCGAUUCGAUUGGAUCCGUUGUCACCGAGCGAAAUCAUUCCGCCGAACGCGAUCAUUCUGCACAGUAUCGAAGAGGAUGGAAGUUCUUCAUCCGUGUACAAAGACGCGGAUCACGAUAAGCCAGUUUACAGAGGCUUCAGCGCCGAAGCGUUAGCCAAAGAGCCUAAAGAAAGUCCUGAGAGUCUUGGUCUUCUUGUACCUAGUAACAGUUUACCCGAACUACCGCGUGAAACCAAACUUUAGACAAGGCUGUAAACGACAGCGUCGAAAGGGUACUAAUCACCGCCUCUUUCUCUCUCUCCCUUUUUUCCACUUUCUCUCUCUCUCUCUUUCCCUCUUUAUAUACACACAGCAGGAUUACAGUUAAGACCGAGAAUUGUACUGCCACUGGAUCAUUACGCGAGCAAAAACAAAAAUAUAACAUAGAAGUGCCUCUAACGCCGGUAAGUGGGAAUAUACAUUCGCCAGGUGGUACCUUUAUCUCUCGUGGGACUCCAUGUUCCUUUCCUUCGUUUCUUUUUUCAUUUGCUCAACAAAUGCUCGAUAACCUGCGGGAACGAUGAGAGAAAGAAGAACGCCUACGAGCAACCAACAGAUAUAACAAAAUGUUUCUCAACCGGCAUCGACGGAAUCUGUCGAUCGAUCCUGUGUGCGUGCGUGUAUCGAUUCGAGGAGAAUAAAAUUGAAGGAAAAAGCAAAAAAAAAGUCGCGGACAGUUUCCAAGGACUUUGCCCGUGGUCGAGUUAAUUACCUUGCAAACUGUCCGCUCUUAGGCUUCAAACUUUUUAUCGUUAUCAUUAUCGUCACUAACAUCGAUGAUAAUGACGAGAUGAUUUUAAGAAAAAUUAUCGCUGGAAUGCAACGCGAGACGUCGUAGUGUCAACUGCCAAAUCUGCCGCGAAUUGUUUCAAUGAGCGAUGAACUGUGCAAAAUGAAAUUCGAAAGAGAAGAAACGGACACGAGUGAUGCGGGAAUAAUAAUUGUGUCCAAAUUGUCAAUUUGUUCGGAAAUUAAAAAUGUGAUUUUAACGAAAUCAAUCCUCGACUCUCGCGUCUAUAUUCUCCUGUAAAUAAGUAUAUGCGAACGACGUGUGACCCAGUUUGCAGGCGUGUGAUCACAAUUUUUCUAUGAAAAGACUGAAUCGACGAACGCGUUUUUGUCCGACGAUUUUAUCCGUUGAUCAAAUGUCCGACGACAAUUGAUGCGUCGUUUGUCGUACCGUUUAGGUAAACUUCGUUAUUUUCUUGUUCACUUUCGAUUUCGAAAGAUCAAAGUAGCCGGACAUUCGGGCAAACGUUACCCUUUCCGACAUCUGUCGCUCUUUAUAAACUCUUCCCUGUUCAAUACAGUGCAGACUGUCCGACGAAUGCAAAUAUACACGAUUAAAAAACCAUUCGAUCAAAGAGCAAAAGAAAAGAAAUUAAUAUACGAGAACACGUACUUAAUUAUCGUAACCUGAUUGAUUGGAACAACGAUCGUUUUAAAAAAAGAAAUCAAUAAGUGAUAUCUCUGAACUUAUUUUUUUUAUACCAAACUUCAAUAUACAUUCAUAACCGAUAUACUAAAGCCAGAUCUGAUCUUCUUCCGAAACGUUUUUAUCUGUUCGUUAUCAGUUCCAUUUAUCGCGUCUUCCUACGAUAUUUUGGAAAUCCGUUUUUCUUUAAGAAGAUCUCUGAUCGUUUUGCAAAGAAACAGGUCAAUUGCGAGAAAAAGAGAAAUGUGCAAAUUAUACUUGAAAGACUUGAUGAUACGUCAAGAUGGCGCGCAGAGAAAUCUCUACCUAUAGGCGUUAAACAGAGGAAUAUUCUAAUCAUGAUAAUCACGAUCGCGAAGGUACGAUAAUGACGGUGCAAUCUGUCAUCGUACAUUGCAAACGAUCUAAGAAAUUACCUUGAAACGAUUUUCAUUUUACUCCGCGUGUCGUGCGAUGGAGAAAUAAAAUCAUUUUCAUUCCGAUGGAAAAACGUCGAAUAUUUAAAUAAGCUUACUAGAGAUAGUACAAGUUCUGUGUGGAAUUGCGAUACUUUGACUACGUUCAAUUAUUGUAUUCGAAGCUCAAACUGGAACAGGUGAUCUGUAAAUUUUUCUCGCUUUCAAGAAUAACAUGUCGAUAUUAUCUUUACCGAUCUCACUGUAUUUUAUUUCUAUCGCUAAAAAAUGAAAACAAUUAGCGCGCGUAGAAAUGUUUCUUUAAUUGUGAUUAUCCUACACGGCGGAACAUUAACGAACGAGAUAAGAAACAUCGUAUCGAGACGGUAACGAGAACAUCGUAUAAUUAGUCUCAUCCGGUUCGAACGGUACACAUCUGUAUGAAUUAUUUUUUAAGUCAAUUCGCUGCUGUUAAUUAACAACGUUUCAAGAUCAUAUUUUUCUGCCCUUUAAAUAAAACCAUAAAUUUGUACUGAA